AUGAACGCUUUUGGACACCAACCUUCCAGCCAGCAGACCAGCCCGAUUCAGCACCACAGCGCACAGGAGCUCCUGGACAUGGCCGUGUACUGCGACAACUACGGUGUGUACCAGCAGAACCUCCACCACCACCACCCCCAGAGGCCGCCCACGCAUCCCUCCGGUUACGGCCUCGGGGAGUACACGUCCCCCUCCACGAACCCGUACCUGUGGCUGAACGGGCCCGGCAUCAACUCCUCGCCGUACCUUGCCGGGAACAACGGCACGUCCUACAUCCAGUCUGGAUACGGCUCGAACCAGCGGCAGUUCUUGCCGCCUCCCACCGGGUUCGGUGGCGCCGACCUGGGCUGGUUGUCCAUCUCCAGCCAGCAGGAGCUCUUCAAGAUGGUCAGGCCACCUUACUCCUACUCGGCGCUCAUAGCCAUGGCCAUCCAGCACACACAGGACAAGAAGCUGACCCUGAGUCAGAUCUACCAGUACGUGGCCGAAAACUUCCCAUUCUACAAGAAGAGCAAGGCAGGAUGGCAGAACUCGAUCCGACACAACCUGUCACUGAACGACUGCUUCAAGAAGGUGGCCCGGGACGAGGAUGACCCCGGAAAAGGAAACUACUGGACCCUGGACCCGAACUGCGAGAAGAUGUUCGACAACGGCAACUUCAGGCGGAAGAGAAAGAGGCGAUCGGACCUGACCGGAGCGGACAGCACGUCUCCCCCCGUCAAGUCCGAGGACGGCAGCGCGCACAAGCUCUCCGACACCGCCAGCAUGCUGAGCUCCUCCCCGCCCAGCCUGCACGGGUCCCCGGCCUCCACGGAGCCCAAGUCGUCGCCGUCCCCCUCUUCGGAGCACAGCCCGUGCUACAGCAACUUCGUGUCCAGCGUGAACUCGCUGCUGGCGGCCAGCGGCGGCGGCACCACCACCGGCACCGGCACCGAGGGCUCCAGGGGCGGGGAGCGGGACUACGGCACCGCGCACCUCGGGGGAUUGUCCCAGAGCAGAGAGGGCAUGUCCGGACUGGGCUCCUACUCGCCCUCGUUAGUCUCUCCCCUGAACUCUGACAACAACAGAAUCAACUACUACUCCUCAGUACAGAGCCUCUCCAACCACUUCAGCGUGAACAACCUCAUAUACAACCGGGAAGGAACUGAGGUGUAAGACUGUCCGGAAGAAAACAAGAAAACUAAUUUAUCUCUCUUAGUUAGAAUUCACAUUUCUUAUCUGGUGCCAUGUUAUCACUCAUUCACUCACUCACUGGUUUGGUAGGCCUCACUGUACCACUGGAAUUAAACUGGUGUUUUCCACCACAAUAAUCCUCCUGCACUGGGAAACCAAUAUAUAUAUCUCAGUGUGUUAGAGAAGGAAUAUAAAGUGCCACUGCUCCACUGUGGUUUGUUCACAUGAGCACAACAAACAUGUUGAUGAAAUGAUUCACUCCACAGAGACAUAUCCUAGAACUUAUUUUUGUAUGAUCCGUAUUGUAGCUGCUCGGUUGGGCUGACUCCAGAAGAAGAAGAAGAAGACAAACGUGUACAGAAAUUAUUUUCAUAAUGUGUAUUUUUUAGACUGAACUGUGUUUUUGUGUUCUAUUUAAACUCGUGUCGAUGUUUGAAUAAAAGUCAUUCAUUUUAA